AUGGACCGUAAAUUGACUCUCCAUGACGGUAGCAGUUACAAUACAUCCUUAUCUUACGAUUGGCAAGACCAGGAGGUCAAGAAGAUACUCCCGGAUGGUGCUGUCCUUGAGCUCGACUAUCGCGGCUCGGAGAUUAUAUCCCGCACCUUGUCCUCUGGGCCCGGAUCAGCAUGGUCAUUGAAAGCGGAGACACUCAAAUACAGCCCCUUUGGAAGACCAGAGAAAUUGUCACUUCUAAGCACCGAAAGCAAGAUGUUGGUCAAUGAUGAAUAUUUCUACAAUGCCCUAGACCAAAUCACACGAGAGCAUGAAUCUAUGUCAGAAUCGGUAAUAGAGUACUCAUACAGUGGCAAACGUCUCGCCGCAUCGAAAUCUAGCAGCGGAGGGAGGAAUCAUUAUACAUACGACUCAGCGGGUAACCUCGCGGUAAAGAGAGGUACAGAAAUCGCAUAUUUCACUGGACGUGCAUUGGCAAUGAAGGACGGCGAAUACGUGUUUGAUAUUUCCUAUGACACCGUUGGACGGGUUUCCCAUAGGGUCACGGAUGGCUUGGCCAUGGCGUUCAAAUACGAUAGCUUUGGCUCAUUACAGUUCCUCGAAGAGUUAGUCCACGGAACGUCAAUUGAGCUGGUCUCCGAUUUCGAAGGAGAGAUGUUCCACAGGAAGCAUUCAGAUGGUUCUUCAGAUCUCGUUGUCAGCGACGAGUUUAGCAUUCAUUCUCAACCCGAUGACAAUUUGGUACUCGGCAGCGUAUCCCGUAGGUAUGAGUCUGUCGAGGCUAUAUCUCCGUUCGAAGGCAGCCGCCUGAUCGACAUCAAGUGUACAGAUACUAAAGGCAAUGUAACGCAUACAUUCAACGGCCAAGAUGUUAGCAUAUGUGAAACACCAGAGUACGAUGACUUUGGGCUCCUUAAUUCCGACACAGUGGAAGGCAAUACCAACUCAACGUACGAGGGUAACUACUUUGGUAAAGCAACUGGCCUAGUCAACUUUGGUGGACGAUGGUACGAUCCAUUGGUUGGUCGGUUCACCACUCCAGAUGAUAUCCUCAACAUUGACUCGUUGAUCCGCACUGAUGGUCUUAACCGCUACGCCUUUGAGAACAACGAUCCAAUCAACAACUGUGACCCCACAGGCCACUGGAGCCUCUCUUCCAUUGCAGGGCCACCGGUGGUGGGUGCGGGGGCCCCUCUGGUGGCAGCCGCCGUUGGAGCUCUAGGGGCAGGUGGUGCAGCGGGUAUUAUGUAUUCAAUAGAGAAUUCGGACGAAGAUGACACAGGGAAAUUUUGGGGAGGACUCGCAACGACAGUAGCAUUCAAUGCUGGCAUCGGUGCGGCUACGGGUGCCAUCAGUGCCGUGGCAACGCCAGCACGAAUAGCCAGCGCGACAGGUCGCAUCUUUUCCCGGGCGGCCCUAGGAAGCAAAGUCCUAGGGCCCCUAAUCAGAGGCGUUGCCCGAGGUCUCGUCGGAGGUGCGAAGUUUCCUGUGCGGUUAGAUGGAACUGUUGGUAGUAUAGAAUCGAGGACCGUGGUUAUUUAA